CGACAGAUAACGCAAGUUUAUGGCUUUUAUGACGAGUGCUUGCGCAAAUACGGCAGUAUAACAGUAUGGCGAUAUUGCACAGAGAUAUUUGACUAUUUAUCGUUAUCUGCCAUUAUUGACGGCAAGAUCUUUUGUGUUCAUGGUGGAUUGUCGCCUAGUAUUCAGACAUUAGAUCAAAUCCGGACUAUUGACAGAAAGCAAGAAGUUCCUCAUGAUGGGCCGAUGUGUGAUUUGCUAUGGUCAGAUCCCGAGGAUACCCAAGGCUGGGGUGUGUCGCCGCGCGGUGCCGGUUAUCUCUUCGGUAGCGAUGUGGUAGCGCAGUUCAACUCUGCCAACGAUAUCGAUAUGAUAUGUCGAGCCCAUCAGUUAGUAAUGGAAGGCUACAAGUGGCAUUUUAACGAGACUGUAUUGACCGUCUGGUCUGCGCCAAAUUAUUGUUACAGAUGUGGCAACGUAGCCGCAAUAUUGGAACUGAAUGAACAUCUGCAGAGAGACUUUACGAUAUUUGAAGCGGCGCCGCAGGAAAGCCGCGGAAUACCCAGCAAGAAGCCACAAGCGGAUUACUUUUUAUAAAUGAGCCGUUAUAGAGUACAAAAGAGAAACCAUCAGAAUCGCGUCAGAUCCAUUUGGGGAAUUUGCUUCUUCUCUUUCUCUUUUUCUCUCUCUCUCUCCCUCUUUCUCUCUCAGAUCAGGUUACGUUGAUUGUGAAGAAGAGCAACUAAAGAGCGACUGAUUGUGAAGAAGAUAAUUUGCUAUUAUUUUUUACGGCGUCAUGAUUUUUAUGAUUACGUUGGAUCGUUUAUCGCACAUUUGGACGGAAUUGCGACAGUAUGCUUGUAAGGAACCGAUGUAAAAUAAAAUAAAACUCCGAUUUAAGCUGACGUGAUGUGUAAUCUCGUACAAUUUAAAUAAA